AUGUUCGGACCCGAAGCAGGGUGGAUGGCUGCUAUUGUGUCAAGAGGCCUCAACAUAAUCCAGUUCUACUUGGAUUCCGUUGAGGCCGGGCUUCUCUGUAGUAGGAUCUCUUCGUCGACGACAGGCGAAGAAGACAUCUUCGGUGACUGCACAUCGCGCACCCGAAUGCUCGCGUUCUGCUCCAUGAGAAAGGAACAGAACCUUGAUUCCCCACUGCGCACGUCUGAUUUUACCUUUGGGGAGAUACGAAAACGGGUCGCCGAGGUUGCCAAGGGAUGCGAGCAUGGGUGUGGGAACUGCCAAUGCGACUUGAUGCCCAAACUGCGCGAGCUUUGCGAGCAAGUGGAAAAGGUUAUUGACCACGUCGGGCAAAGGCUGAUAGAAGAGUUUGAGGCGUGUGACAUUUGUGGCCAAUCCAUGAUAUGA